AAAGCUCCUGCUAGGUUACAAUACCUUACUUUCCAUCACGGACCGAAUAUCUAAUGGUUUUAUUGCGCGGUAUAGAACCAAAACACUUAUGCUUUUAAAGAAACUAUCAAGGAGCAAUUAUUGUCAGAGGGGAAAUAAAGGCAGAUCUCAUGAAUCAGAGCUAUCAAGCACAUUAAAACGUGGUAAAAUUUGAAUACCUAAAAGCCAUCAAAAGCGAAGAAAAGUGUAGCUUCUUUUCAAGCAAGCAAAUCAGUUUGAUAAUGCCUGUAGUAGCUACUUGAAAUAACAUACGACCAUAAAACAAAUCUUUCAACAGUGUCAAUACCGUUAAGGACAUCUUUGAGGCUGCAUGGACCUGUAUGAGUAGCUAAACAGUUUGAUGCUAGUCUUGGUGAUAUUGUUUUGCCAAUGGUUGAAGAUAAAAAUAAAAGGGCGACAAUGUUUUUAUAUUGAUAAACUGUAAACAGUGAUGUUAUUGUACUGAUUUAUCGAGUGCUAUUGCGUAUUGUGUCCUUGUGACUGUCGAGAGUCGUGUGCUAUUUUGCUGCUAGCUCAACAAAACGAUAUUAUCUUAACAUUGUUGGGAUUUACUCUGGAUGAAGGCUUUUCCAUGCUAAGUUGGUGGCUGUGAACGAAAUUCAUUCAAAAUCCCAUUCAAAACGAAUUAACAUUUAAUGCCAUGACCCACAUGCAAACAAAAUUCACCGAAUUCGUCUCCGGAGCAGAAAGUCUAUGUUAGAAGAAAGGUUUGUGUCCUGCAUUGAUUCCAGUAUUAUUUGCAGAAUGGAAAACUUCUCAAUAGCUGUUCUAUCGCCUGAUACAAAAGGCCAAGACAUUAUUGGAGAGAUCAACUGUGCGCAACUUUCUGUGAAAGCUCCAGUUGUUGGCCAACUAACUCAAGUUCUCCUACAUCCAAAGCAGCAAACACAUACCGAAACAAUUGAAAUUUAUCACUGCACCAAGAUUAAAGAGCAACACAAAAGCAGAAAAAGCAUUUUGAAAAAACGAUUUAUAACAGAAAUACUGACUUAUAAUAAAAGUGAUAAAACUGUAUCUAAUCCUGUUAACAUUGCAAAUUAUUAAGUAAUAUUAAUCUUGUAGGCAGUAAGGUACCAAUAUCAUAUUUUCUUUAGUAUCAAUACCUCUAUUAGUUCCAUUUGUUGACAAGUUGUAAAUGCCUUAAUAUAACCUAUACGACUUUCUUGGCAUUUGCAAUGAAACAAGAUUAGAACUUAACUUUCACAAUGCUCCUUUAUUGACAAAGCAAUAAAUGUGUGAAUUUUCUGUAAAAGGUUUAAUCCAUUCGUCAAAACAUUUCAAAUUAAGCCUUCCAAUCUAAACUCCAAUCAACCAAAUAUUAUAAUUCAAAGCACUCGUAUUUUUUUGCAAGAAAGUUUUCUCAAAACCCCAGACAAACAAGGCACCGUGUAUGUAUAUUAUAAUUCACAUUAAACAAUUUUGCUAUUAAUUUGUGUUGCACUUGAGCCAUCCUCUAAAAACUGAGCCAUCCCCGCACAAAACCUAAGCGUGAGGAUGGCUAAGUUGUUAGAGGCGCUGACUACAGACCCAAGGGUCUGUGGUUCGAGUCCCUGGCAUGACCAAACUUAUGAUCUUUUUGUCAUAUACAGAACUUCUUUAAAGAGAAAAAUGUGUGAUGUCAGGCUAUCAUGCUUUCUUUGUCUUUGGUUUGUCCCCGAUUUGACACGAUUCAGCGCUGCGUGUUUUUUAAGUGUCACCUUAAUAUGACGUGCUUUCGAAAUGCCAGAUCUUAAAAUAUUUGUGAAGAUGAACUCCACACCUAACAUUACCACAACAGUAACAACAUGAUGUAUAGAUAUAUGUUUAAUUGUGAUAUGUGUGAGAGUUUAGGACUGCACCAAGGAUAAUGAUGACUGGUGCAGUUUUAUUGGCUGUGAUAAUAUUGGUGGAAGUGGGAUAGCAGGCAAAGGAUGAGUGCCCUAUCCAGCACUGGGGGCUAAAUUGGACAACAAUUAUGAUAAUUGUGGCUAUAUAUGAUGAACAUUUUGAUUAAAUAAAACAAAUGAUUGUUGUUUUUAGUGUCUGUGAAACUUUACUAAGGGAAGACCGUCCACACAUGUAGCAUUGAGAGAAUUGCUUAUUCAAUAUACCUCUACAGGUUUUUGAUAGUUGCAUCAAAUUUGUGUUUAUUCAAUUCUGUAGCACAGUAUGUACAUACAAGGUUCAAGGGUUUUGUACUAAGCUCGCUAAUUUUGUACAGCAGUAUUUAUACACGGUGGAUAACAAAUUAAUGGAAGUAUCAUGAUAUGUACCCUGGGUACAAGGCCACCCAAGGUACGUUAUAAGGAUUAUGAUGCUGUUUAGGUUGUGGAUUUUGAAUGUAUGUUUGCUCCAGUGCUAUUCCAGGGAUGUAACAAAGAAUGUAAAUCAUGCAGAGGUUGGUUUUCCCCUGCCAGUGACGACACAUCGAAAGCAACUGAAUGCGAGAUACCUAUAUAGCUAAUACCGUGCUCAAAGUAAGUUAACACUUUAAGAAUGGAGAUAAAAGAUGGAUUAAUUGAUUUAAAGUCUCCCAAGCGCAUCGAGAUAAACAUUAGAACGCUGGCCAACAUUUUGCUGAAAAUUCUUUGAAAUUGAGAUAUUUUGGUGAACAUCUGGUGAAGUAAUGGCAUAGAAAGAUUUUCAUUGGUCCAAGAGAAGAGAUAUGUUCUUGUUGCUGAGUGCCUUACAAAGGCUUGUAAACAGAGGAGAAGCAGAACAAGAAGAGCCAGAAGGAGAAGUUGCAGCUACAUGCAAUGAACAAGCUUCUCAACCAAUCCUCGCAAACAUUAAUAGGCAGCGCUCCGAAGAUGCAGUUAGCAAGGACGGGACAGCAAGCCAGUGCAGUGUACGAAGCAUCGGGGUUGAGAGUACAGGGUAUUUAUCUGAUGACGAAGGCGAUGAUGAUUAUAUACACAUCUUUAAUACUGAAUACUCAUUUAGUGACAGAGAGAGUGAUGAUGGUGACCGAGCUAGUUUUAGAAGCUUCCGUUGGAGCUCAAGCAAACAAAGUUUGACGUCACUGCUUGAAACUGUAUCAGAGGAAGCCCCGUUAGCUGAUGAGGCAUCAGAGAUAGUGGAGGAAGAAAAUGCCUCGCAGCAUCAGAGUGUUUUGCAUCUAGAACCUGAUAUCAAGGACAAAGACCUUGAGAUUCUUUACGCUUCUUCUGUCAAUGUUUCACAGGAAAAAACUUUUGAAUUCACUGAAUCCGAUGGAGAAUUUGUUCACUUGAGUAGACCAUCACAUCUGGAUGCCAGUUUAGGAAACGCCGAGGUGCAAACGUUCUCAUUAGAGACGACGGACACCUUGAGGAAUGAUAGAAAUAAUAAUGAUGUUGUCCAUGAAGAACACAAACUAAAUAUAGAGCCUAAAAAGCCUCAGUUUUUCAUCGAAAGUGAAUCUUAUUUUACGUGUCUUGAAAGUGAAGGCCUUUUCUUAGAAAGAGUUACAGAGUGCAAUGAAAAUGAAAUACCAGCAAGUUACAGGACUUGCACAAGAAGCAUAGAUAUAGCUCAGGAUCCUGUGGAGGAGGAUCCAUCUCUUGAGGUUAUUUUAAAAGAAGAAUCUGAAAACAAAGCAGAAGAAUGGAGAGCCACUUGUAAUGAGGAAACUUUGUCUUCCUUGGCUUCCUUCCACAGCUCUUCUUCGACUACAAACAAAAUGUUUUCUGCACGUGAAGAUUACUUACAGCCCGAGAGCCUUGAUAUGGAGCGCAAAUCAUCGAAAAGAUGUUGUCUUGAAGAAAAAGAGCAGAAAAUCCUACAUAUUCAUGACGAUUUCCAAAACCUUGAGAUAGUCACGGUAGAAGCUAGAAAAAACCAAUCCGAAUUGAGGAAGAAGCCUGAGGAGAAAUCGACAUUAGACGACAUAACAGCUAAACAUGAGGACUGCAAAGAGCACAAUAUCAAGAAGUUGGAGCAAGAUCAAGAAAGUCAAAAAGUAGAUAAAAAGAAUAAGCAUGACUGUGACAAUGACGGGAAUGUAGAUUAUGAGAGAGGCAAUGCUGAACAUGAAAAUACGACCAGCACAUGCUGUGUUGAAUCUCUUGAGGUGGUAGAGCUGUUGCCAAUCAUGCCUGAAAAGUAUGAAAUUGAGAGAAGAGAAGAAAAGACAACAAUUGGUCAGAAUGAAGGGCUACGUAAGAUUGAAAACAAGAGAGAAGAAGAACAGCUUGUUCGAGAAGAAUGCUUUAGUACAGAGGCCACGUAUGAUAAAAAUGAGAUCAGUGAACGAUAUACUCAAUUUGAACAAAAGAUGCAAACAAAUGAAGAUGAAAUAACUAAAAAGGAGGGAACCAAAGAAAGGGUUGAUUUAGGAGUUGAAGGAAAUCGAAAAGCUUUUGAUUUCUGUGAACUUCAAGAAGUUUCCCUUGAAAAAUUUGCUGCUAAUGAUAUGAUAGAUUCGAACGAAGUAAAAGAAGAUGUGCAUAAAAAAGACAAAACAAAAUCAGAAGAUCAAUGUACGAUGAUUGAAGUCGAUGAAUCUGAGCUAGAAAGUGGGAAUCUUGCUACACAUUCUAUUGUAGACAGACUAAGCAAAUUUGAUGACGAGAAAAUGCACAAUAUUUCUAAAGAAAGGAAGACAGAAGAGGCUUGCAAAGAAGGAGGUAAGAUAAUGGCAAAGAUCAGUGACAACAAAGAUUCAUCUCAAAUGGGUUUGGAUGAAGUUUGUGAGCUCCAGCCAAUAACGGUUGAAAAUAUCCAAGUUAUGAAAUAUGAUGAUUCAAACACUUCGCAACAAAAGAAAACAAUGAAACACUCUUUGCAACGAAAGAAAGAGGAAAAAGUUGAAGAAGAACGGUGCCUCGAGCUUCUAUUGCUGACUGAAAAAGAGGGAGCAAUGGCGGACAAGUUUUCUCAAUGCCGCAAAAAAAUUCCACAUGUUCAGGAAAGUAACAAGGACACAACAAAAUUUGAUGGUAAAAAAACAAAGAAAUUCGAGAAAAACAUUAGGAAGGAGGAAAAAGAAGAAACAAAUUUCGAACUGGAGAGUGAACCAACAGUUGAGGAUUAUCAAGCUGGUUUCAGGCUGGUUUCAGACAUGCAAGGUGAUGAAAGAGCAGAGAUCAAAAGACAGGAAUAUGAACCAAGUAAAGCAGAAGGAGCCAGAGCAGACAAAAAUAAUAUAAGGUAUGGUAAAGAAAACAGUGAAUUGUUUCAAGAAAGUCAAAUCGUGUUACAUGAAGUAUCAAGUGAUAAUAAUGCACAUAAUGAGUCACAGAAAAAUGAAAAUGAAUUGAAUCCCUGUGAAAAACAACAAAAGGAGGCAAUAUUUACUUCAAGGAAAGAGAAUAGGGUUGGAGGAAAAUACCUUGAGCUGACAAGAACUGAUGAGCUUACGGGAGAAAAUGUGACACAACAACAAAUUAGUUCAAAAGAAAUGGCACAUUUAUGCAAAGAUAUCGAAUAUUUGCAAAGUGAAGAUGACGUGACUAUUGAGAAAUAUAUUGAAGAGUGCUCAAACACACACGCUGACAAGGAUGGAAAGGAGAACGUAUUUGAGUCGAAUAAAGUAACUAAGCCAAUAGAAUACGAACACAGAUCAGUAACAAGUUUUCAGAAAGAAAAGAGCACGAAUGUAGUGGAAGAUCUAGAGUUUUGUCUCAACAAACAAAUGGAAAAAAUCCGGAUGAACAACAACGAUUAAAUGAAGAAGCUAGUU